UGUUGUGGGCUAGUCUUUCUUUCUUUCUUUCUUUGGUUUUUGUGGAUCCCCACCACCACUACCUGUGAGACAGCUGUACAGGGAUCCAACUGCCCUGGGAUGGGAAGCUUCAGAUCAUGCAUAGUUCUCAUUCCUCUCAAGCCACAAAAGAGCGGGCUUGAUUGCAAAACUUCCUGAGAUCAGGUCUCCCGUUUGGUAGGCUUGAGUAUGUGUGCAUGUUUUGGAAUAAGGAAAGCAGUAUUCGCACAAACUGAAGUCUUUAACUGCUGUGCUGUUCACACUGAGGGCUUCUCAUGUUACAGUCUUUUAUUUGAACUAAGAUAACGGAAUACAACAUAUGCAUUAUAGAGUUUCAGGUAUUGUAGUGGGAGUUUUAAUGUAGGAACCUGAAAACAGAGAUCUUUUAUUUGAGAACAGGAGCAAGCUCAGAAUAAACAAAGAUCCACAGAGACAAGGGACACAGCUGUGGCCCUCACACUGGCAAGAGGGUGCUGAGGUACCUGUAGGCUGUACCAGUACACAUUAUAUAUUUUUUUGCAGGAAAACUGAUGCAAGAGUAGUGAUAAAUGACAUGGUUGCAGAUCAAAACUGCAAGUUCACUGUUCCUGUUUUAUCUAACCACAGUCAGUUUAAUUAGAAAAUCUGUGUCUCUUGUUAGGACAGAUCAUGUUGUAAAAGCAUUUUACAGGACCAAGAACAGGUUACAAAGAAAGAGAAAUGAAUUAUAAUAAACUGGCCGCACCAGCGUAUGCAUGUAGAAAUGCAUUUCUCUUUAAAAAACAUGGGGACAGCAAGCUUGAAAGGAUGGGGCUCUUGCUCACAUGUAUUUUAAACGGGGAUGAACAUUUCUGCAUGCAUGUGCCUUUGAUAGCUGGUGUGUGUGCUUCAUAUUUGGCUACCUGACCUUGGAUACAAAAUGUAAUGUGAGGGAAUUAAAAGCAGCUGUACGGGCAUCUUUAAUGGGCGGUAAGACAGUUCGCAGAUAUCCUUCGUCUUGAUCAUGGGAAUGGUACCGGUGCAGCUGCUGUUCUUCCCUUUCUUAGGAUGCCUCUGCCCAUUGCUGAGAAUGUGACUUGUGAUGUAGGAAGCAUAAUUCAAAAAAAAAAAAACUUUGGUGUAUUAUAAUGACUUUUCUGAACAUAAUCUUCUAGGAAAGAUGGAGACAAUAUUGCACUGUUAUUAAGAUGUGUGUGAAUAAUACAGAAGUAAAGCUUGUGCUGGUGUGGAUGCAACCUCACCCCUUUGUAUGCAAGUGUGUGAUGCACAGAGGGUCUGGGUUUUGCAUCUUAACUGCUUCUCCAGCUACCUAAGCCCUCUUCAUACCAGGAAGCAGAGCACUUGGGCAUCCUCCAACCUUUCACUUAGCACAUGCUGAGCAUAAGCAUAGUAUCAACUUCUCCUUUAGGGCUGUUACUGUGUGUGGUAUCCACUCCACUGGCACCUCCUUUACUUCAGGAUACUAUAUUGUAUGCAGUCACUGGAGCAUCACGCCCGUCCCAGCACACCAGGAUGUGGCAGCCAUCCAACAGUUGAGACAAACCUUCAAUGGAGGCAGCAGUGCCAAACCCCUGUAUUCAGCCUCUGGGCUGUUGACACUGAAGGGGCUCUCUGAGGAGGCCCGGCAGGAAGCACCACCCAUGAGCGGCAUGCCCAGAUACUUGGUUUCAUAUCUCUGUCACCCUUCCCCCAGCUCUUUUCAGCUCUGUCAAGCACCACUUGUAAAUUUGUGUGUGUCUUGUGGUUAUGUGCGUUUUGUGUAUAAAUGGGGUGCGGCAAGCUGAGUUGUGGACUUUUGAGGAGAGGGCCUUCAUGAAUUGGCUUCCCAGGACUUGGCCUAUAAGCUUUGAGAAGAGGUGGGAGGGGAAUGUCCAGUGUCUUCAGAAAUUUAUGGCUGUGAGACUAGUGUUGGAAUGGGAAGAUCUGCGCUGUGAGUCAUCACUACUUGUCUGAUAUUACAUGGCAAUGACUGUGUUUACCAUGGCAUGUAUCUGUGGCAGGAAGCCAUGCUCAUUGGCCUGAGCUGAGCCAAGAUGAGCUGGAGUUUCCUGACGCGCCUUCUUGAGGAGAUCAACCAGCAUUCAACCUUUGUGGGGAAAGUGUGGCUCACUGUGCUGAUUGUCUUCCGCAUUGUGCUGACUGCUGUGGGGGGUGAGUCCAUCUACUAUGAUGAGCAGAGCAAGUUUGUGUGCAACACGCAGCAGCCAGGCUGUGAGAACGUCUGCUACGAUUCCUUUGCUCCCCUCUCGCAUGUCCGUUUCUGGAUCUUCCAGAUUAUCAUGAUAGCCACACCUUCCGUAAUGUACCUGGGCUUUGCACUGCACCGACUCUCACGCCGGCCCCCUCAAAGAAAUAGAGCCCCUGUGGUUCGACGCAGUGCAGUCCGUGACUAUGAGGAGAAAGAGGACAAUGGUGAGGAGGACCCCAUGAUUUUUGAGGAGGUGGAACCUGAGAAAGAGGUGAAGGCAGCCGGGGGCCAGAGACACGAUGGCCGUCGGCGCAUCAAGGAUGAUGGGCUGAUGACUGCCUAUGUGCUACAACUGUUGUGUCGUUCUGCAUUUGAGGUGGGCUUUCUGCUAGGGCAGUACGUGCUCUACCACUUUGAAGUGAACCCAUCGUACGUGUGCAGCCGGAGCCCUUGCCCCCACACCGUUGAUUGUUUUGUCUCCCGUCCCACUGAAAAAACAAUCUUCCUCCUCAUUAUGUAUGCUGUGAGUGGCCUAUGUUUGUUUCUCAAUAUCUGUGAGCUGUGCCACCUGGGUGUGGGUGGGAUCCGGGAUGCAUUCCGGGGCACUGACAAAGAUGCCAGUGUUGCUCACAGGCACCACUAUGCCCAGAAAGAUCCAAGUGCACCCCCUACUUACCAUUCCCUCAAGAAGGAGUCAUCAAAGAGCCAGUUAACCAAGGACAAACUGGCCUAUGGUAGAGAGACUUUGGGUGGCAUGGCUACUGAACGCUAUGCUGUUCCGCCGGGCCUCCCGAGCCAUGAACUGGAACGGCUGCGCAAGCACCUUAGGAUGGCACAGGAGCACCUGGAAAUGGCCUUCCACCUCCAGCCACUGGACACUGCCAGCCCCUCGCGUAGCAGCAGCCCUGAGUCAAACGGACUGGCCGCAGAACAGAACCGUCUCAAUUUAGCACACGAGAAGGAAGGAGCAGCGUGCGAGCGAACGACUGGUCUCUGAAUCAGUGGGCCUCACUGGGCAGCUGCACAGAUGACAACAGGAAGCGUCUGUGAGGAAUUGGCAGUGUGAACGUCUGCUCAGAGCCUGAAGUUUGAAAACACCCUGAUGGUGUGGGUGGAGAGACAAGGACGGACUCUUGAUCCUUGCACAGUUGAGGACAAGAGAAGGGGAAAGAUAGGAGCCUUAGCAUCUGCCCUUCUGGGAUUUGGGAGGUUGUUGAGGAACUCCUUCAGAAGCUGAGCUUUGUGUAUGUAUUUGAAUGUGUGCCUUUCUUUAAGGAUCUAAAUGGGAACCUUAUUUUUUUACUUUGUAGAGUAAUACUUUGUAGAGGUGCUAUUUUGCCCCCUUUUCUGCUGGCUGUCUUCCUUUAGGUGGAUUGGUAGGCACAUUGCAGCUUCCCCCCUGCUCCUCUUCGAGGUCUAUUGGAUACAAGGGUGCAGGAGAAAACAAGAGAUGCCCACAACUUCCAGGAUUUAUCCACAUUGCCAAGUACAUACAUGGCACCCUCUUUCUUGUCUUCCUCUCCCCAUGCCAGAUUAUGGAAGAUGUUGGUGGUUGGGCCAGUGAUAACUCGGUUACAUUCCAAGAUGGCAGCUUUCAGGCAGCAUCUGCCUUUUUGCCCUCUAUGUGGUGCUGUGCUGAGUCCCCCACCCCCACGUUGCAAUGGGACUACAGUAAUGUUUUGAUCAUCUCAGCAAUUGACAUACAAUGUAUUUGAAUUUUUGUCUUUUGUUAAUUUUACUGGACUAGUUAUGAAGUUGUUUUGGUUUUUUAUACACACACAUAUAUAUAUAUUUGGUAAAAAUCAGGAGAUUGUU